AAGUUUCUAUUUUAUAUAAUCUUGGGUUUGGUAUCAAUUCGACUGAAAGUAAACAUUAGACUUUAUAAAUUAUAAAACUUUUACAAAUAUAAUGAAAAAAUGCACAAGUUUACUAAUGAUAAAAGAAAUAUACAAAAAAAAUUAAAAUGUAUCCAAAAAAGUGCUAUGGAACGGGGCUUAGACCGAGCUUUAAUUAGACAAUUUAAUAAUAUUUGUUCCCUGAAUCAAAGGUCGCUUAUUGGAAUAAAAAGUGCAAUAAUAACAAUAGGAAUAGCAUUUAUAGCAGCAGUUUUAACCGGAUUAGCAAUUGAAUAUUUAUUAACCGCAAGGUGUUUGAUACCUAUUAAUCACUUGGUGUGGGAAGUGACGCGACCACUCGCCGAUUGUAGCUAUUGUGCGAAUAUUACGAAACCUAUUAUAUUGCAGAACAUUACUCGUCGUAAUUUUAGGAAGUACGCGUAUUCAUCAAAACCUAUUAUAGUUAAAAAGGCAAUAAAGCAUUGGAGGGCUGCUAAAGAGUUAAAUUUUUAUAUGUUUAGAAGACUUUAUGAAGAAGUUUCUGGCAGCUAUGAGAGUUUAGAAGAAGGCUGUCAAUUCCUUAAUUUUAAAACAAAUUUAUUUACAUUGAAAGAAGUGUUCGAGAUGCCUGAUGCCAGGGUUAGAAAUGAGCCAGGGCAAGAGCCUUGGUAUGUGGGAUGGGGAAAUUGUCAUCCAGACAUUUUGGCAAAAGUGAGAAAGUAUUACAGUAUGCCAGAAUUUUUACCAGAGGAUGCAGAAUUUCCAGCAACCGAAAAUAUAUUUUUUGGAUAUGAAAUAGGAGCUGUUAUGCAUUUAGAUUAUAUUCCACGACUAAUGUGGCAAGGGCAAGUGAAAGGUAAUAAGACUUGGACCGUAGUGCCUGUACCUGAAUGUGAACAUAUUUGCAAUAAAUUUCAAUACUAUGUUGAGCCAGGGGAUGUGGUGUUACUGGAUACUCGACUAUGGUAUCAUGCAACAAGCAUUCCCAAGGGCCAGUUUUCUCUGACUGUACAAUCAGAGUAUGGUUAAAGUUACUACAACAAAUGCUUUAGUACAAUUAGUAUUAUUUACAUAUCGAGAUGCCAAAGUUUAAAUUGCUUCUUUAUACUUUUUAUAUGUGCCAUUUUAUUCUUGUGACUAUUUAUAAUUUUAGCUUUAAGUGUAAUUUAUUUUUA